GCAACUAGCGCACCAUUUUGCUUUCAUAGAAGUAAAACAACAACAAGAAGGCAAAGGAAGGGCACAUUUACUUUGUCUCAUCUUUAUUCCAUGGUCGUUUAAUUUUUUAAAAAAGGUUAAAAUGGAUGCUCCUGUCAGCAAAACAGAAGAUAAGUCUAAUGAUGACCUUGAAGACCAUAUAAUGGCCGCAAAAUCAUUUUUAUUGCGCUCUAGUGGCAAGUCAGGAAUAACAAUGUACGAUCAUCUUGUUGACAUACUUACAAAAGUAUUAGAUGAAAAACCUGAAAAAGUUGUUGAUAUCCUACAAGAUUACAGCCGGAAUGAAAAAAAAUAUAAAUUUUAUCCUGAAAAAGAUACAAUACAGGAAAAGCAAGAAAUAUCGAGUGAAGUUAUUCUGGCCCACGAACAAAAGGACUUAUUUAAUAGAAAAGAUAUCGAAGUUCCAGACACUGUUGGUGACAUUGAAGCAGAAGAAGAAGAACGAUUGAUUCUUCCUGAUAUCAUGGAAAACGCAUUUUAUUUUGAGCAAGCAGGAGUAGGAUUGGGCAGAGAAGAACAGUUUCGUACUUUUCUUGCAUUAAAACAACUCACUGAUACGUAUCGGUUAAAAUCAUGCAGAUUCUGGGGUAAGAUACUAGGAAUCCAAUCCAAUUAUAUAAUCGCUGAAGUCGAAUUUCGACCUGGAGAAGAUCCACAUUACAACAAUGGUGAAGAAAUGGAGAAAAAUGACGUCGACAAUUCACCUCUAUCCAGUCCGGCUUUCACUAGUGAAAAUGGUGAAGAAAUAGAAAACCAGGAUGUACCAAAACCAAACUAUAAGCCGCCUGUUGUCAUACCUCAAGAAGUAUAUGGCGAAGGUUGCAAUGCAAAAGUUUAUUACGUUUGCAACGAUGCUGGUUUAUCUUGGCACCGCUUACCACCUGUCACUCCUCAACAAAUUCAAGUUGCUCGACAAAUUAGAAAACUAAUGACAGGAGAUUUAGAUGCACCAGUGGUGAGCUAUCCACCAUAUCCAGGUAACGAAGCAAAUUAUUUACGUGCUCAAAUCGCUCGCAUAUCAGCGGCUACGCAUAUCAGUCCUCAAGGUUAUUACAUUUUCGAAGAAGAUGAAGAAGAGGAGGAUGAGGAGGAAGGCCGAACAUCUUUUGUUACGAAUGAGGAUUUUGAAGGUAUUCCUGUGGGUGACUUGUGUGAUCCAUCGUUCGCGUUUUGGGUUCACCACAACCAGUAUAUCUUACCGCAAGGCAGGACAAGUUGGUUUGAUCCUAAUUUUAAAAAUGAGGAAGAAAUUGAAGACGAAGAAGAUGAGGAGGAAGAGGAAAGGGAGGAGCCUGAGGAUACAGAACCUGAAGAAGGACCAGCCUUACUAACGCCUCUUUCCGAAGACGAAGCCAUUAAAGAUACUCCAGCGUGGACGGCUAUUAAGUCAACCAGUCUUGUUUCACAAUACGCUAUCGCUGUGAUGCACUCAAACUUGUGGCCAGGAGCUCAUGCGUUUGCUACUGAUAAAAAAUUUGAUAACGUGUACAUCGGUCAUGGGCUUAAAUACAGUGCGGAAAAUUAUAGCCCGCCACCCCCUCCCGCGGUACAAGACGAAUACCCAAGUGGUCCGGAAAUUACGGAAGCCGAAGAUCCAACCGUGGAGCAAGAACGAGCAUUACAAGCCGCUCAGCAGGAGGCUUUAGAAGCGGAAGAAGAAGAAGAGGAGAGUGAUGAUUAUGAUGAAGAUGAAAAUUGAUAUUUUCUAAUUAUGAAUAUUAAUGUGAAAAAUCUGACUGGUUAUUAUUACCUUUCUGUGGUCGUCAUUCGGACAUCACUUUGAUUUUUGUCACGGCUUAAGUACUCACCCUUGGACGUUUUGUUUUUGAAAGCAGUUCUAGGGCUGUACUGUAGCAAUCAUAUCCUCUUCACUACUGUUGGUUGUUCAGAUUUUUGGUUUUUUUUGUGAUACAUCUCGUUAUUAAGAAUUCGCAUUACCAAACGUUGGAACAUUGUACAUAUAAAAGUUGGAUAUGUAUAAAAGUUUCGAUGUUUUUCUUAUACAAAGUUCACAUAAAGUGAUUAAAACAGAAGUUUACAGAAAGACGUUGUUUUAAAGAAGCAUUUACUUGUAUGGGUAAGUUAUUUGCGUGAUUAAAUAGUUUGCGAAUUUUCGGCCAUUUUGUUUAAAAACAAUUUGUCUUGUCUUUGUACUUCAUUUUUAAUUUGCGAAGGUUUUGCGUUUGGUAAAAUGAAAUGCACAUAUUUUUCAAGAAAAGUCUGACUUGUAAAAUGCAGAAGCUCGCGAAAAUAAAUUCACCCAAGUUUAAUCCCUUUAAGGUAGAAAACCUUUUUUUUUGAUAUGCGACUUUUUGUUACUGCCUAUGAUGGAAAUGAACUGAAACAUUAUUUGAUCAAUGUAAAAAAAGUAAGAGAUCCUGAGAACGCGAUUGGAUAUUUUGAUUAAAUAAUAGAAAUUUGAAGGUGGCGAAGAAAAUAAUUUUAGUCACUGGUGGUAACGGGUAUUUAAUAUCACAUUCUGGUAAAUUCUUUGCUUUUUCGUCAAAAAUGUAGCGUGAAUAUAACUGCGCGUAUAUUGUGCACUUGCUUUUGAGGAUACCCUCAAAAUUAGAUCUCAACUUAUCAACAAUAUUAGAAAAUAUCUUGUGAAUAUUUCUGUCCCUGUAAAUAUUUAUGUAGUUAUUGUGACCUUUUAGGUUUUAAUUUCUAGAAUUUCAUACGAGGUAUUUUGGGUAUGACGCAAGGCUUUUCACGUUGGGGUUACUGACGAAUCUGUGUUGCCCUAUUGUCGUGCAUUUUUGAAAAAAUCACUUGUUCGCUUCAAUCACAUUCCAUACUCAGCAACAGUACCUCCUUAUUUUCCUGAUAUUUUUUUUUGACCAAAAAUCCUCUCUACGGCUACUUUUGGCCGAUUUAGCGUUUUUUAGUCUAAAUUGCGAAAGUUAGGCCCGCAAAAUGUUAUCCUUUAAAACGUAUUGAAAUAGGCAAUCUGCAAAAUCCUGAUUUUCUAAGUUUUCUCUGACAUUUUGAAAUUUUCUGACGGAGCGGACAACUUUACCACAGGAACUCCUUGAUUCACCACUUAGAAUUUACAGCAUUUGUCACACCCUCCACAGAUCCGUAUAACGAGGAAACUAUAUUUCUUGUUCUGUUUAUUAUAUACAAAAGUUAUAUACAACUUUAAAAAAACGAUCGUUUGUGGCACCAUAUUAGUUACCAAUACUUUUUGAAAACACCUGUGAUGGCGAGAUGCCUUCAUUUGUUGUGAAAGCGCCCUGGUAACAGCCUCACUUCAUUGUUUUCCACAAGUUUCAUACUUAUUUGUCAUGAUAGCAAGCUUGCAAUGGCGUCAUUGUACGAGGGCGGUGGCUCGUCACACCCAUCGAGGAAUAGAUCAAGUUGAUAAUCAGUGGUGCUCAUGGCGUCGACGAUUUCGGCAACCGGCAUCAUAAACAAUGGAGUUUGUGUACUCACAGAAAAGUUAUUGACGCUGUGCACGGUUCGUUUACUUGUCGUGUCUUCCCUCGCUUUUUGAUGGUAUUCCAAACUACCGAACGAAUGAAGAAGUCCUGACGUAAAACAGCUUUCUUGCGUUUGUGUGGUAGAAUUGAUUGAACCAG